UGCAACUAGUGACGGGUAAAAACCUUUUAACAAGUGAAAUCACUUCUAUUAUAAAUAUCGUUUUUAAAUGCCUUCUGAGAUUAGGACCAUUUAUAGUCACAAAAGCGUGACUGUAUAGACAUUUCACAAAUUGUAGAUGUUCGAAAGGACACAGCACAUACAUUUUAAUGAAACACACACAGCAAGUACAUUUGGGCAAAGCGGACAAAGUACUAUUUUGUGCGUUGCAUGGACUUACGAAUGACAUAACAUUUAACGUUAAGGUGCCGUCGCGCUCACAGCUCUAUUCGCAUUUGGAGGAUACUACUUUAUCUUCCAGUUCCAAUAUAAGAACGGUAAACCAAUACGCAAUUACUAGCUUGCGUGGAAAUAAAUGGAAAGACCAUGGACCGUGACCCAGAAGGCCAUCAUUUCAUGUCCCUGAGACUUUCCAGAGUUCUGAGGGACAUCGGCGUCACCAGACAGAUGGUGACUCGGAGGAGGAGGACAUUCCUGUUUGCGGAGAAGGUGUCAUCUGUAAAUAGACUUAUAAGAUGUGAUGCAAAGUAUAACGCGUUUGUUUUUGGUAGCCAAUCGGAAGGAACAACAACUCUAGGCAUGAAUUCAGAUAUAGAUACUUUUGCAUGGGAAAAACAUUUUAAUGUGAUAAAAUAUUGGUCAGAAUGGGAGCAAGGGGAGAUGAAUCUUUUGAUAAUAAAGAACGAUUGUUCUCCGCCCCAACACUGCUGUUUACAGAUGGUGAGACAUGACUGUCCUUUGCCCGUCACACGGGAGAUGGCGACAGCAAAUUUGGAUAUGGCGGAGACAAUGGAUGGCAUGGUGCUACUGAAAAACACUUGGUUGGAUAAUCCAAUGGAGCAGAUAUUUGGUCGGUUAUUUAGGAAACAAGGGCCCUCAAGAAGUGCUUUGAAAUAUUUAGACGUAAUAGUCGCGUUAAAAUACAGCGGACUGUUGUUUGAAUGCAAUUUCCUAUUCACAAGACCAAAGCCUGGUCACUGGCCGAGACCUGAAAUACUCGCGCAGGCACGUCAGUGUGAAACCUUCCUCGUUCCACAAGGACAUGCUGAGAGUGAUCAGUCACAACUGGAAUGGAGGUUUUCUACGUCAAUGAUUGAAAGACUGCUCAUGUUUGAUCUUAAUAUUUUGAAAAUACAGAUUUAUAUAUUUCUUAAAAUCUUACGAACGUCUUUUUUCAAACCGUUAGUUGGUGAUAGACUUAGCACGUUUCAUUUCAAAACAGCUCUAUUGUUCACCCUAGAGACAUAUCCACCAGAGAUCUGGCAGGAGCGUAACCUGCUGCAGUGUGUUAUAUACUGCCUGAAAACUCUUCAACGUUGGUUCAAGCGUCGUUUUUGUCCACAUUACACAAUCUCGGGUGUGGACCUGUUUGUAGGAAAACUGAGAAAAUGGGAAUUUCCUCUCCUGUCAGCCGUUCUGUCUGACAUGAUAGACAACAUCAUGGACUAUGUCUCCCAGAUAGAAAUGGACCAAAUAGGGGUGAGGAUUGGUAACAUAUGCAGAUCAGUCAGUACAGGAUAUCAGAACUCAUUAGCUACAGUGAGGUUCUGCUUUGAUUGGACUUUAAACGAUAUAUUCGAAUUGUAUUGGAGAUGCACGAUUGAAAAAAUUGACAUUUCUAAAACAAGGAGCAUUCUCAUAAAGGUUCGUGAGAUUCUUUAUGACUCCUAUAUAUGGGAAGAAUUGCAGCAUGCACAGACGUUCCUAUACCAAUAUCUUGCCUCCGUGACAGCAUCUAGGUGUCUUCGCCUGAAAAAUCGAAUACCAUCAGACGUUUACCGCCUGUACGAGGUCUCUCUAGACUCAGAUCUCACCUCCAGUAGAUUGAAGUUUGCAUCUAUGAUGUACUGCAGUGGUCAGUAUGAGAGGGCUAAACAGGUGUUGGUCUACACGGAGGCGCUGAUGCAUGCCGAUGUGUGGCAGUACGGUCGGUUUUCAGGAAGGUCUCAACAUAAGCCUACUGAGAGGUUUAUUCAAAAGGUUUUUGAGCUGCCUGUUUCGGAAGUUAUAAAACGGCAUGUUGCAUGCUCCGUUGUUUUUAAUUCAUUAGAAAUAUGUUGUGUACCUGGGUUCCUAGUAUACGAGAUGCAUAGAACGAUUCGCCCUGAAGAUUUUCACCACAGACGUAAAUCAUUCGAUGAUUGGAUGGACCUUGUAGUGAUUGACUCCAAACCCUUUAUGUUCUACCUGCAGUACCUCACAUUCAGACAACUAGGGGAAGAAGAGAGAAGAUUGGAAGCACUCGAUAAGCUACACAACUACGUUUGUGUUGAGAGUAGAGGGUGUGGUUAUAUAGAUACAGCCCUGAAUGUACUUGGUCACUGCUAUGAACUAGAGAACCGGUAUGAACUUGCAUGGACAGGCUACAGAAAAUCCCUCGGGCUCCUUCCUUACAACAACGCAGCUAGCUGGCAUAUAGCCUUGGCAUGUUACAGAGAAUUUCUAAAAGAAUUUCCCGACAACAACGCAGCAAUAUGGCAUUUAGCCUUGACUACUAGUAUUUGAAGUCUGUUUUUGGUGCCCUCGAGGCCAUGAAAGUGUUUCCGUUAUAAGGUUCGACCCAGCUUCUUCUCUGAUGAGAAUUUGUCAUAGUGUCAAUAGACAACUGGUACCAUGUGUUUUUAUUUCAUAAAUCAAUGAAUUAACGUUAAGUGAUUGAUGAAGAAGAAACAGUUAAACCAUCUGGUUACAUAACAUGCUUUGUUGAAAUAUAAAGACAUCUUAUUUAAACAGUGUUUAAAGGAUUUCGUGUACCCAUGCAUAUGUCAGCUUUAUUAAUAAAAGAACUCAUUAAUCUCACGAUGGCCAAUAUAUAAACAUAUGUUGCUGUGGGUGUUUUUAUAAUUUCUUAAAAAUAAUCUCCUUCAAUAUUAAUUGGGCAACAAGGGGCAAUACGUUCGUCCUCUCUCCAUUCAACAAUCAUGUUGAUUUAGUAUAUAUUUGAGGAUAACACGUCGGAAGAACUAUAGUAUUGUUCCAUUACGGCUCUUUCUUUUCGAAAACAGACCGAAGAUUUUGUUUCCUUUUCUGAUAACCAUCACUAGCAUAAUACUUUUGUUAACGUUUUGUUGUCGAUUUCGAACAGACAAGGAUGUAUUGUGUAUUAUUUAGGCGAGAAUUAUUUAUUAAUGGGCUGUUUUAGUAAAGUGUUAUAUUGUGUAUAACGUAUGUGUUUGCAUUUGUGUACAAUAUAUUAUAUUAUAAUAUAUUAUAAUAGAAAGUUAAUCGAU